AUGGGCUUGCCACUUCUAGGCGAGACGAUUCAUUUCUUCAAACCUAACACAACUUCAGACAUUCCACAAUUUAUCAAAGAAAGGGUCAAGAAGUAUGGGCCAAUCUUCAAGACCAACCUUGUGGGGAGACCAGUUAUUGUGUCGACAGACUCUGAUUUGAGUUAUUUUGUGUUUCAACAAGAAGGCCGUUGUUUCCAGAGUUGGUAUCCUGACACUUUCACUGAGAUCUUUGGAAAACAGAACGUGGGAUCAUUACAUGGGUUCAUGUAUAAGUACCUCAAGCACAUGGUCUUGAAUCUCUUUGGCCAUGAAAGUCUCAAGAAGAUGCUUCCUGAAAUUGAACAAAGUGCAUGCAAAAAGUUAGAGCUCUGGUCAAAUCAAGAUUCGGUCGAACUAAAAGAUUCAACGGCUAGCUUAAUCUUUGAUCUCACCGCCAAGAAGUUGAUCAGCCAUGAUCCAGAGAAGUCCUCAGAGAAUCUAAGGGAGAACUUUGUUGCCUUCAUCCGCGGUUUGAUCUCUUUCCCUUUUAACAUCCCAGGGACAGCUUAUCACAAGUGCUUAAAGGGGAGAGAAAGAGCUAUGAAGAUGUUGAGGAAUAUGCUUCAAGAGAGACGUGAGAAGCCAAGAGAGAAUCCAAGUGAUUUCUUCGAUUAUGUCAUUGAAGAGCUUAAGAAAGAAGGAACAAUCCUGACAGAAGAAAUUGCACUAGACCUGAUGUUUGUCUUGCUUUUUGCAAGCUUCGAAACAACUUCUCUCGCUUUAACUUUAGCCAUCAAGUUCCUCUCAGACGACCCUUCAGUCCUAAAACGUUUAACGGAAGAGCAUGAGGCAGUCUUGAGAAACCGUGAAGAUGCUGAAUCUGGGCUUACAUGGAAAGAAUACAAAUCAAUGACUUACACAUUUCAGUUCAUAAACGAAACAGCGAGACUAGCGAAUAUAGUUCCCGCAAUAUUCAGAAAAGCCUUGAGAGAUAUCCAGUAUAAAAAUUAUGCCAUUCCAGCAGGUUGGGCGGUGAUGGUUUGUCCUCCAGCUGUACAUUUGAAUCCAGACAAGUAUGAAGAUCCUCUUGUCUUCAAUCCAUCUAGAUGGGAAGGAUCAGAAUCUACCAAUGCAUCGAAGAAUUUCUUGGCGUUUGGCGGCGGAAUGAGAUUCUGUGUUGGAACUGACUUCACCAAAGUUCAAAUGGCAGUUUUCCUUCAUAGCUUAGUCACAAAAUACAGAUGGGAGGAAAUCAGUGGAGGAAACAUAAUCCGAACUCCUGGAUUGCAAUUUCCAAAUGGGUAUCAUGUUAGACUCAAGAAGAAAGAAUUUUAG